AUGUCAACGAUACAGCGGAUCUGCAUUUUUCUAUCCCUCUUUUUCGCCACCCCAUCAUUGUCUCUGACCACCGCAGACGGCGGCAGAACCACUCCUCUGACGGCCUACGAUGUUCUACAGUCGUACGACUUCCCGGUUGGCAUCCUUCCUAAGGGCGUGACCCACUAUGAAAUCAACACAGCCACCGAAAAAUUCAGUGCGUAUUUCGAUGGUUCGUGCAGUUUCUCCUUGGAAGGUUCUUAUCAAUUGAAGUAUAAGUCGAAAAUCAACGGGGUACAUCUCCAAAGACAAGUUGACCAGACUUUCUGGUGUCACUGUCAAAGUCCUUUUCCUUUGGCUUAA